AUGCAGCAGCGGGUACCAGCAGCGGCGCUCCGCUCUUCCUUGGGCUUCCCGCUGGCGAACCUGGAUCAUGCGCCGCCUACACACAGCAACGGCGAGGCUCUCGGCAUGUCCACUUUCUGGAAAAACACGCCUGCACAAGCCGAGGCCGGAACACAAACACAGUUCGUCCCUCCUCCAUCCCUUGAUGGCGCAUACGCGUCGGACCCGGACCCCGAAGCGAUCUUUGCAGACCUGCUGCCCACGCUCUCUCACCAAGACCCAUUCGCGGCCAUGGCGCAUGUCAUGCCCUCACAUUUACCGUCGGUCUAG